UAUACCAUUAACAGUGCACACUUUGUGAGACUUUCUUAACUUCAAAAUUACCUUGCAAGUGACGAACAUCAUGUGUGUAAUUCAUGGUUCAAUUCCAACGGGAUCAAAAGAUUAUGUCUCUCCCUGUUCACUAUCAUAUCUGUUUUUUUCCAUAAUAAGGUCCCAUGAUGGUCCACCGAAAAGGGAAGGACUUUUCUAUGUGUUCGUUUACACUGCACUUGCUGUUACCACGGUAACAAAAUGGAUUUAAGAAUGGAACACCACAAUCGUUCCCUUUUGUAUAUUCACCUGCGAUGUUCUUAGACUGAAUGAAAGAACUCUGAUUGAUUAGCGAAAGGUACAGAAAAGGUUUGCACAGGCAAGAGGUUAGUCAUUCCCGUCAGUCCAGAGAAACCUAGUUCACACUCAGUCAGGAAACGGCAUCGAGACAAAAAAAAUGGCAACAGCCAACACCACCAGCCUGGACUGUCGUGUGAAGUCCUUUAUCAAAAACUGGGAGAUGGAAGUCAGUAAAGGUCUGCAGUCCACCAAGGUGAAGCUCCUGUUGUGCACCCCUCAUGAAAGAGCCAAUCUGAAAACCAAGAUUGAGACCUUGGGGGCAGUCCUUGAUCUGCUCCAGUGUAAAAACACCAGAGACACUUGGGGCUAUGAUCAGAGAGAGGAAAUUGCAGCCCUGAAAUUAAAGCUGAACGAGGCCGAAGCCAAGCAGAAGAAGGCUGCUGAAAGCCUCCUUGCUCAGAAGCAAAUAAACAGGGACUUAAGACGCCAGCCUGCGAAGGGUUAUCGCACUCAUGCCCAGACUGCCAAGGAGACCAGCGAGGACAAGGAGGUUCAGGUGAACCAGGUCUCCAGACUGAGUCCAGAGUCUGCGAUAAACAUUGAUCUCCGUUCCCAGCUGGAGGAGGCGUCCAAUCAGCUGCAUCGGGCUCUCAGUCAGAUGAACACAAGGGCUCCCGAUGAUGACGAGUUUGUACUCUGCAACACGGAGCCGUACGCACCUGCUGCAGAAAUCGCAGCGAGCGCGAGAGCCCGAGCAGUCACACGACCGUUUCAGAUGAGCUCAAAGAUCCAGGGGAAGAAGAUGAGCUUAUCGGGAAGGGAGAAGAGGAAGUGCGAUGCCUCAAGAUCAGUCGGCUACAGCGGAUCGUGGACGACACAGUCCAUCAGGUAGAGGCUACGCUGAAGAGCCAGAGAGUGAAGAUUGCCCAGCUUGAGACUGAAGUGAAGAGGAUGGAGAAGCUGCUGAAGAUCCAACGUGAAGAGGCAAGGAAAGCCCUGCAGAAUAAGGAGCGAGUCUGGGCCGAGAGGGUCAGGGAGCCCCAGUGCAGGGUGAGAGAAGGGAGCGACAGGAAGGCCAGGAGGAAGAAUUAGCUCUGUGGCUUCCCCGACAUGGCAGCUUUCAACUCUUGCAUUUAUCUGCCAUGUGGACCCUUUGCAUCCUGGGAUCUGGAUCUGUGUGAUGAAUCAGUCUGAGGACGAUGCACUCAAGCUAAUAUGAGUCAUGCCUCUUACCCCCGGGGCACUGAGCAUCAUGCUCUUCUCAUUGGUUAAACAUCCGCGAAGAGACAGCGGAGAGCAGCGCACAGGAGGCUGGUUCCUAUGGUCCCGCCCCGAGAGGAGAGGCUGGAGCUCCAGCUGCUCUCCGGCUGAUGACGCGGGACCAGGUGGGGGAAGGAGGGGGCGCUGGGAAAAAAAAGUACUUCGACGACAGUGAACGCAACACUGCGCUGACAGCUCACCGGCAGAGAUCAGCUUCACCGCCAGCUCCGGCUCCUUUACACGGAGUUCAUCCGGACGAACGGCCGCACCAACCGGCUACCGGCCGGUCCUGCUCCCGGUGUGGUUCUGUGCUCGAGGAAUCUCUCUCCUGGAGGCUUCAUAACGGCUGCAGGCGGGUCUCCAAGCGGUGUAUUAACUUGAGAGGUCUGUUUAUCACCGGAGUGCAUCCAGGGUGGCUCUUUCAGCUCUGAUCCUACGGUGCGUCAUCACAGGAGUGUGAACUGUGAACGACUGAUGCUAAGGUGGACAGAAGGCGGCAGGAUGCUGUGGCUGCUGCUCUCUCUGCUUCCUCCGUUGGGCAGCAGCAGAAUCGUCGCCCAGAACGCCUCUUACAGAGAGCAACAGAGCCACGAGGAGGUUGUCAUGACAACGAGGCCUCACAUCUACCACUGCCGCUCGCCCAACAUGGAGGACUUCUCCUGCUGGUGGCAUCCACUGGACAACCUGACAGAGGGAGAGCCGGUCACCUACGUCCUUACAUACUCCAAAGAUAAGGGGCCCAAACACGAGUGUCCGGACUACGUGAGCGCCGGUGCCAACAGCUGCCACUUCGACAGCAGCUACACGUCCAUUUGGAAGAUCUACUGCUUGAGCGUGACCGCCGUCACCGCCCACAGGAACUACACUUCCCAGGAGCACUGCCUGGACGUGGCCGAGAUAGUUCAGACCGAAGCUCCGGUGAAUCUGACCUACGUGCUGACGGAUGCCGGCGGGGAUGAAAUGGGCCACAACGCGCUGCUGUCCUGGACGUACCCGGUGCCCUCGCACCUGCAGUACGGCUGGAUCACGCUGGUGUACGAGCUGCAGUACAGGCGGGUCACCGACAGCGACAACUGGAAGGUGAAGUAUCCCGUGCGGGAGCCCCACGUGGAGCUGCUGGGCCUCCCCGUCGGAGACUACGUGGUGCGGGUUCGCUGCCGCUCACACAACUACGGCCUGUGGAGCGACUGGAGCUCCACGCUGCUGAUGAGCAUCCCCACCAGGCCGCCUGCAGGGAAACUCCUGGUGCUGAUCCUGGUGACAGGAGUCGGGGUCGUGGCUCUGCUGAUUGUCACCUUUGGUAUCGUUCCACAAAGCAAGAGAAUAAAAGACUACUUCCUGCCGCCCAUUCCAAAGCCUCGGAUCCUCGGCAUCGACCCACUGCUCCUGAAGAAGGGGAACUUGGAUGAAGUGAACCGUCACUUCAGUAACUUCCACAGCUACAGACCCCCGAGCUACUCGGAGGAGGUCUGGGAACACGUCAGCGCCAGCGACGUCUAUCUGGCCGUGCCGAAGGACUGUGGCGUCCCGGCCACGGACCGACAGAGGGACGCCCGGUUGGCGCUGCGCGGCAGCGUCACGCCCGUGGCGGCCCAUUGCCAGCUCACAGCCCAACAGCUGAAGUUUUACGUUCAUAGCCUGCCGCCCUACUGCUCCUCGCCGCGGCCGGAGAUCGUGUCUCCGGGGACGGAGUACAGCGUGAUGGGACACCCACGCCUCCCUGCUCCCGACGCUGCUCCCGACGCUGCUCCCGACGCCACCAGCCGCUCGCCGCAGAGCUUCUACACCUGCGUGCAGCUGAUGAAUGAAAGCGGCGAGGUGCACCUGGUGCCCUGCCUGACGCCGCCGGUGUACUGCCGCGAGUUCCCGCCUCUCCCCAGGUCCAAAUCAGACGCACGGGAGAAGGAGGCCAAGAAGAAGAAGCAGCUGGCCGACAGCCAAGCCAGGACAGACGUGAUGAAAGACGGAGGCGAGGCUGAGAGGGCCGAGGCCGCGGUCCCUCUGCUGCCCGUCGCCGUCGAUAACAAAAGCUGAGCCACAAAACCGCUAAUACUGUGAAACCUGUUGCCGUGGUCGCAGAGAGAGAAGAGCACCCGGGGGUCUUUAAAAACAGGAAGUGGUCCUGCAGGAUAAGAAUAAUAGGAUUAGAAGCGAGUUUAACACCUUCACAUGAAAUGAUUUAUGGGUAAUGAAGUUUGUACACUUUAAAAAAGAAGAAAGAGUGACAUACAUUCAAUUCCAAACCGUCACAUUCAGCAUUUGGAAGGUCAGGAAGACCGAGAUUACAUUAGUAUUUUAUUCAGCUGUCUUUUGUCUCCGUUUGUGUUUACAUGCUUUAAUAUUCCAGAUAUUAGCCUUACCUCAUCAUAUAGUUCUGUAUCAGCGUCUUUGCACAUUCUUUACUUUCCCUGCUGUGUUCAACUAACUCAAAUAUCAUAUUCCAGCUAGCUUCCACACCAUUUUCACGUUCAGGACAUAUGGGCUUGUUUCGUUAAUAUGCACACGAAGGCACGUCCAUGUGCCAACUCAUUAGUUUGAUUAUCCUGAACAUGAAAGGAAUAUGAAUGUCUCACUCUGCCUCAUGUUCUCUCUUUGGGAGCUUUAGAGUCCUGCACAUGUUCAAUCCAAAAAAACACAACUCAGUCAGGUCAGGAACACCGAAAAAGUUACACAUCCUCAGGAAAACGCAAGCUGUGAAUUUAAGCUGGAUUUCUGUUCAUCACGCUGGUUUUCAUAUAAAUAUAUUCCAUAAGUCGGUCACUGUUUUUUCUGAACUCUUCAAACUGGACGAGUUUGGAAGUAGCAGCCUCUCUGAUUAAAAAAAGCAACAUUUAUUUUUUAUAAUGGGUCAUUUUAACACUUUUGACUUGAAGAAGGAAAAUCUUUUUCUGUUGUAUUAUACAAGUUCAGUUCCUCUGCACCUUUGUCAAGAGUAUUUUCCUUUCUUCUUCUUCUUUCCUCCUUCAAGUCUGAGAUAUAAUCCAACGCAAGUGCAUCGACUUGUUGGAUGUGCAAAUUGUUUCUUUGUGAGCACAUUUAAAUUUACACUAUUACAAAAUGUAUUUUUUAUAUUAUAUCAUAGAGAUGCUGAAUAACCAACCUCAGGUAGUGUUUUCUAUUUUAGAUUAAAUUUACCCAAUGAAGGGUAGGAGAAGAGGAGGAGGUGGAGGCAGGAUAAGAAGGAUGUUAGAGAGUAAAACAAACAUGAACCUUUCCAGCUUAAAAAGUCCAAAACGUGAUGUAGUUUUAAACGUCAGCAGCUGGAUACUUUAACCACAGUGGUACCGUCAGUGUGUGUAUUCAUUCUCAAAGUAUUCAUUCUAUAGGUACCGUGUUGAAGGAGUUGCUCUGAGGCAGAUUGAGGUGCUAAUCUGGGAUCAGUGGUAAAUUAUAUUGACCCAGAUGGUCCAGAAAGAAAGAAAGAGAGUCGCUCACUGUAUUUCUCUCACUGCUGUUGCCGUUAGAUGUCGUGCUGUAUCUUCUUGUGCCUGUAUGUGCCUUUUUUUUCACAGAGCAGUAUUUGUUUCACUCCUCACCGCCUGGAAAUGCUUUCAUGUGAGGAAAAUGGUUAUAUAACUCUUUGUAUAUAUACGUACACAUAUACAUAUAUAUAAGGGCUGUCCUCGACUAAAGAUCUUCUUAGUCGACUAACAAACAAAACGAUUUUGUGUUGACUAAUGGAUUAAUUGAUUUAAUCCACUGAUCUCCACAAAGAAUCAUGUUAAAGCACCACUUUAAAUCUUAUGUUUACCAGAGAUGUGCUCAGAGGUUUCUUGGAAAUAAAUCAUUCAGCAUGAAACGGCAUAAAAAGACAAAAAUCUUCAUGGACUAAAGCGACCGAUUGGUCGACUAAUUGUCUGAGAGGAAGCAGCCCUAAUAUAUAAACGUGUGCUGUGUUGAGCAUGUAUUAAAAACCUGCUCAGUGUCCGUUUUUUCACCUUUUAUUGUGACAGAACCACUAUAAUA